AUUUAGCUUAAACCGCGGUUUUAGACAUCAACUUUCGAUUUCGUGACAGAGGUUUUGUGCAGAAACGAACAUAUUCAUGUAAGUGGAUGGUGGAUUUUACCCUUCCAACUGCAAAUCAUUCUACGUAUCUCCAAAUGAUAUGAAUCUUCAAGAUUUUUGAAACAAGGAGGAUGGGUUAAUUCAUCAGUAACUUUAUUAUCAUCAUCUGGUCAUAUGCUGUAUGGUAUUCCGUGGAUAUUUGUUUCGGUGCUUUUUAUUUUCACCGAAGUUAUUGUACAUGUGAUAAACUUGAGAGUUACCCACAAUGCAUCAAUCCCGAUCACAACUGAAGCUAAAAACUUACGUAUUCUCUAUCGUUUCUACCAACCUGAGAAUCUUGAGUAUUUGUACGUUGCAAGUGUGAACUCGAUCAAACAAUAUAAAGUUGGCAAUUUGCAAUUUGUAACUGAGCGCAUUACUGGUCCGCGUAAUUUUUCUAUUUGCUGUCCAUAUGAUGGAGAUAACUAUGAAAAGUGUUCUCAUGCGGAUCGAUCUUCCUUACCUUUUGAUUAUGGAUAUGAUUCUUGUCUUCCUCGCCCAACUGAUAAUUAUGUGAAGACAUGGGGUACUUCAGGUUCACCAGGUCCUGAAAUACACAGUUUUAACUACUCUGAAUGGGAUUUUGAAUCUCAGUCUGUAAAUGAUGAUCGAAUAACUUUUGAAGACAGUUUAUAUGUGUGCCAUACGCUUUAUCAUGGUUACUGUGAACGACUUAAUUUAAUCAAUGUUAGCCAAGAAGCCCCGUGGUCUGCUGGUGCCCGACUUCCUUUAAUGGACAGAAAAAAUAAGAAUCCAGAAGAAAUACCAGUUGUUGGAUCACUUCCUCAUACACAUUCUGUGCUUGUAGUUGGUUCAGAAUAUAUUUACGUAGCUACAGAACCUGAUGGACUCGAAGAUCUCUCACUUAUCAAGUAUAAUCCUCUAACCGUACGUUUAAAGGACUUUCAAUUAUGUAGCACUCCACCAAGUUUUGAAAGUAGCGCACAGUUAUCAACAAACCCAAGCUUGAAAAUACAGUAUAAGUCAGGUUUUCGAUAUAGACCUCCACCAACUAACCUUGAAUUUCAAGAGCAACUUUUCAGACCGCCUUAUAUAUUUUUCGUUCUCCAACAACCCGAGGAUUCUACGUUUUUACGGUGGCAGUCACGCAUAGCUCGGAUUUGUGAUGGAGAUAAGUUUAUCUCCUCAUAUGCGGAACUUAAUAUUGCCUGCUUUCAAUGUGAAACAGUAAAGGACGAUGAAAAGAUGUUCAACGCCUUACGCUUCGCUUCUCGUGGUACUGUUGGAAAGCAGUUAGCUGAUGAACUUCUUCUUGAUUUCCAGACAAGAAAUUAUGAUAUUUCGCAUUCAAGAAGUGAUUUAAAUGCUUACAAUGAUUUUUCUGAAGUGCUUCUGGUUGCCUUUGCUCCACAACCUGUUGAUCCGGUAUAUUAUUGGUCUAGAAAUAUGAAUCCAGAAAUGGACCUACCAAAUGGACAGUAUAAUUCUGAUAGGUUGCAUGAACGUGGAUCGAUUCUCCUAGCUGGAUCUGCUAUUUCCAUGUUUUCUAUGGCAGAGGUGAAUGCAAAAUUUGAUCGUGUCAUUAUGGAUUGCUUAAAUGGAGAAGGUAUGCGUGGACCAUCACACUUUUUGCAUUCAGCAGAUCGUGAUAAACCUAGGUGUGUUAAAGAUGAACACUUUAAAAAUUUUAUAUAUGAUUGUCCUAAUGAACCACGAUCUAACCCGUUUAUUACUGGCCAUGGUCCAGAUGAUGAUCUAUCUGCUCCUGCAUUCUUGAAUUUCGAGUCAAAUGUUACUGGCAUGGCUAUAACUGCUGUAUCGAAUAAUUUCACUGUCGCAGUUUUCACAACAGAUGACGGCUAUCUGUAUAAGUAUGAAUUAAUCGGCCUUGGCAAAGUUCAUCCUUUAGGAUCAUUACAGUUAGUUCCAAAUGGUAAACCAAUAACAAGUUUAGCUUUAGACUAUACUGGUACUAUAGCCUUUGCGUCAUCAUUUCAAAAGAUUUAUCGCGUUGAAUUAUCUAACUGUUCAGCCUACUUAACAUGCAAAUCUUGUUUAAAUGCUCGUGAUCCGUAUUGUGGUUGGUGUAUUGCAGAAGGUCGAUGUUUAUUGUUUCACCAGUGUCCCUUAGCAGUGCGUUUCUCCAGUUCAUCUCGUGUUGACAAAUUUAACGGUUUGUUGAAGAAACGAUCUAUGAAUGGAUUCUCUGGCAGCAGAUUCCCCAGUUCAUAUCCUGUAUUUUGGUUGCAUUAUAAUAUUUCAACUGACAAGUGUCCAGUAAUAAGUCAAGUUAGCCCUCCUGGUAUUCACGUUGGUAAAGUCUCUGUAACCGGAAAUGGAAAAGAUGCCACAUUCAAGGAUGACAGUCAUUAUCGUCAACAAAAUAUUAUUCUAAGUUUGGAUACAUUGCUUCUAUCGAAUUCCAAUUUACAGGAAGAAUAUUUUUCCAGGAAAAAAUCUCAUCAGAUGCAUUCUUUUGGUGAUUUGAUGUACUCAUAUCGCCCAUCAAGCGGUGUAGGUAGUGGUGGUACUGGAGCUCGGUUGUUUUGCAGUUUUCGAGAAGCACCAAUAUCAAUUCUUCAACAUGAACCAUUGAUUUCUGGAACAUUGUCAAAUUUCGAUUUAAAUAAAAUUUUGGUGAGUGUCCCACAAACACCACUUAUUACGCGAACUGUGGCUGAGCUUUCUUACACUUCUGGAAAGCCUGUAGAAGCACACUGUUUAUCACCAGUAGCUUCAAAACUACCUCGUCUCGAGGAUGAUAAAGUUUCUUUGCCGUUAUUACUGUGGUUAGAAAAAGUGAGUGUAACUGGUUCUGGCACAGAAGUUGUCGGUGCACUUGCUCCUGCUGUAUUCUCUAUUUAUAAUUGUUCUCAGCUCAAAGAUUGUAAAUCGUGUGCACGAAGUCGAUUUAUAUGUGCUUGGUGUUUAUUUGAAGAUCUGUGUGUUCCAGCUUUUCCAACAAUCUUAUCAGAUGGAGAGAUAAUGAACACUGUGUGCAAAGGUCCUUCAUAUAAUAGUUCUACUUCUUAUGCGCAAAUGAAUUCUGCAUUUGAAAUUAUUCCUGCCGGUCAUGCUAAAGACUGUCCAAGCUUCAAAGGUUCGUCUCAAGUAAUCACACUUACAAGUGGUUCACCACUUGCCACUACAUUCCAUGUUUCAAAUGUACAGAAACAACAAGUUGUCGAGUUUACCUGUUCAGAAAAUUGUACUAACCAGCGUGUUCGUGCAUUAUUUAACCCAUUCAACUCUACAGUAUCGUGUUAUAUCGAAAUGAUCAGUUUAACAAGGAAAUUAGAUGCACACUCAUCUAAGAGCGUUGUACCGAGUUCUCUUGAUGCAGCUGUAAACUGUGGUUUGGAUCUUUAUUGGCAUGGACCGAAUGAUCGUGAUAAAAAAGGUCAUCGUAUGGUUAAUGAAGACCAGAUUCAUGCUGAGGUUUACGCCUGUGAAUGGCUAGCUAAAUAUUGUGAUGAGUGUCUACUUCUUCCUCCUCGAUUUGGUUGUGUCUGGUGUGGUUAUGAUACUUACGGUAAAGUAAAAGGAGGUAGCUGUCGCACUCAGAAAUCAUGUAUUGAACAAAAGUUCUUCAACGGAACUACAGCCGUACAUCAGCGUCCUCUGCGAACUGGAGAUAUUUGUCCAAAUCCUGAAAUUUUAUCUCUUUCCCCUUCCAAUGGGACAUUAACAGGACAACCUAUUCUUACUAUCUCUGGUAGGAAUUUGGGUCGUGAGGCUUCAGACAUUAUAGAUGUAUUUUUGGAAAUUCAUCCAAGAAUCCGAUGUUUCGUUUUGUCAGAAACAUAUCAACAUUCACAUAAGUUCAAGUGCAAGCUAUCUACAGCGCCUUCUCUCUCACUACCUGUUUCUGGUCAAUUGAAGGUAGUAAUAAGCAAUAAGAGAUAUGAAGCAUCAUCUCCCAUUUUUCGCUUCCUAGCCCCCCAGUUAAUUAACUUUGCACCUCAACGAGGGCCCAAAGCAGGUGGUACUCGACUAUAUUUGUCUGGUACAAAUUUGAAUACUGGUGAUAAGCGUUCCGUUUAUUUAUAUCUCCCGUCGCGGAAUAGUGUUACUGAUGAAUAUCAUCGGAGUAAGCCAGGGGAAUCAAGUAUUCGAGUGAAAUGUGAGAUUGAGCAAGAAUCUGAAACACUAAUUAUUUGCUUGACUGGUCCGUUACCUGAAGAAGUACCAGUGAAUUCAAUUCCAGGAGGACGGUCAAAAAGACAAAUAACUCCUUUGGACUUCAAUAAUAAUAACGACAAAUCAUUGUCUAUGAAUGAACACAUUCCAUUAUCAUUGGUUAUAAUGCAUGAUCAAACGCCAACAUAUCUGUCUCAUGCAUUUUCAUUCAUCUACUCACCUAAUCCUUCUAUACAUGAAGUUCAACGAAAACAUGUUCUCGCUGGUGGUGGGACUACUCUACAUGUUACGGGAACUUUUUUAUUUGUCAUUCACGAUCCUAAAUUAGUCUUCUAUUUCAAUGGAUCUCAAUACAGUCUGAGCUGCUCAACUUCUUCUGGUGGAGAGUUGAAGUGUUUAAGUCCAUCUUUAACUAAUUCACGCGAUGUGGUUCCAUCUGGCGGCAUAAGUGAUGAAAGCAUAUAUGUACAUAAAGAACUGGAUAGUUCAAUACAAUCUAGCAUUAAUUCUUCAGUAAAUACAAAACAACUUGUUACCUCUCGUUUACCGAUAUCACAGUCAAUAAUCCACUCUUAUUUGGAAUCAAAACCUGAGUUUUAUUCUUCUGCUUUUACACAACAAUCUGAAUGGCCAAUUGAUAUACCAUAUGGUUUUAUUAUGGAUGGAGUACAUCAACUACGUGUUUUUGGUUUCAUAAAGGUUUUUGCAGAUCCUAUUGUAGCACCUUUUCCUGACGGAGUACGUCUAGAAAAUCUUGAUGAAUAUUUAACCAAUGAUCCUGCAAGUGAUUCACGCUUUGAAACUAAUAACCAUGGCCAUAAACAUCAGACAAACAGUGAAAUUUCAGAAUAUAAAUCAAAAACAAGUUUCUCUGUCAACUCUGACACAUCUGCUAACCAGUUGGAUUAUUCCAAUAUCAGACAACUAGUUAGAAUUCAUGGCCACUUUGAUGCUCUUCUUAAUGCCCCAGAACUAGCUAAACCUGAUGAACUUGUUGUUAGAAUAGGAAAUUCAUUGAUUUGUGAAGUGAACUCCGUUAUACUCACAGAGAUACGAUGUGAUGUGGACAGAAGUAUGAUCAUUACGCAUCAAGAUUAUCCUGUUGAAAUUCAAUUUGGACGUUUCCUAAUUUAUCGGCCUGGUUCUGUUCGUUUCGUUGCUUUACGUCAAGCAGCCUUACGUAGUCAAAUUAUCAUGAUACUCAUUGGUCUUGUAGUUAUUUUCAUUUUCGUUGGCCUUAUUGGUUUUGUUAUUUGGCGACGUUUUAUCAGACGUCAAAAAUCCUAUCAAGCUAAACUUCACCAAAAAUAUGCAGAACAUGAAAACCGUGUUAUACGUAUAUUUAAAGAAGAUUUUAUGGAAUUGCAAACAAGUAUGCAAGAAUUUUCUCAAGAAGUGAAAAGGCAUAAUUUACCUUUCCGUGAUUAUCGAACUUUUUGUCUGUUUUCCCUUUUUCCUGAAUACCAUUGUGAGCUGAUGAAUCCAGUCAAUCCGCAUUCUUCAUUCCCACUGUCAACUGAUGCAGAUAUAUGUAGACCAUCAGGUGAUUUAUGCAUAUCAUCUUCGACAGUACCACCUCAUCCUCUUUUAUUACCAUUUACAGUGAAUAUACGAGCACAUGAUGAUGCAGCGAAGGCUAUUUCCUUAUUUCAUAUACUUCUAUGCAAUCGUCAAUUUUUAUAUCUGUUAAUUCAUUUAAUUGAAAAAGAUGAACAUAUAAUGGCCAAGGACAAGUCGCGUAUUGCCUCUUUGCUUAGCAUAGCUUUACAGCCUAAAAUGGACUAUUUGACAAGUGUUAUGUUUGAUUUAAUGUCCGAUGUUCUAUAUCAACUUCAUCAUCAAGGAGACAGUUAUCUGGUGACUGCUUUCCGACGCUCUGAAAAAAUUGUAGAUAAAAUUUUAUCUAAUUGGCUGACGUUUCAUUUAUAUAAGUUUAUCAAGAACAAUGUCGGAGAAAAUCUGUUUUAUUUUUAUCGAGCUCUUCUACAACGGAUAAAUAUGGGUCCACGUGAUGCAAUAACUGGUAAAGCCAGGUAUACACUAGAUAGUGCUUAUUUAUUGCAAACAGAAUUGACUGGAAACCAGAUUAUACUAUGCGUUGAAGAUCCUCAGCAUUUAUUUGAUCUACCAACACCGUGUAUUUGUGUUAAAGUGCUAGACUGUGAUACGAUUACACAGGCAAAAGAGAAAAUCUUAGAUGCAAUCUACAAAAAUAAACCAUAUUCAAAACAGAUAAAAUCCACUCAGUUGGAAUUACAGAAACUUGAUGAGCAAGCUGUUGUACAAAAUCCAGAAAAUGAAUUUUGUACUGGUCAAAUUUUAUCCGAUUGGGAUGUAAAAAUUCGUUCGACAUCCACUUCAAUGCAACAUGAAAAAACUCCAAUGCGGUUAAACUGUGUCAAGGAUUAUCACCUUAAAGAUAAUACUCGAGUUGCAUUAUUUGCUUGUGAGCCGACUAAAUUAAAUCAUACUCAAUCUAGAUCAGAGUUAUUACAAUCAAAUGGUUACCCACCUCAAUCAAGGCUAGCAACAGAUUCAUGUUUUCCUACAAUCGAAGUUAUCCACAAACCAUCCUCUUUAAAUCGUCCAUUACCACAACCAGUUUCUCCUCUUAGUACUAAAAAAUUAAUCAGAGGUCUUCCUUACCAACAACCAGUCAACAAUACAACCUCUACAUGUAAUGCUUCUUUUACUGAUGAACGAUUGAAUCUGUCAAAAGUCCCAACUUCUUUUGAUCCUGCGUUUUGUUUUCGUCCAACUGGAGUACCUGAUUCUAAAUUAUGGUAUCAUUUAGAAUGGACAGGUGAUUGUAAUACUUCUAUGGGUACAAAUGGUGGUGUUAAACAGUCGAAUAAAUAUUCUAGAUAUAUAAACAAAAAAUCUAAUCAUCUGCAUCGUUUAAUUUUUGCCUGUUCACAUAAAUCUGAUUGUUGUUGUUUACACGUCAAUGAAUAUUCUGGUGGUGAUACAAAAACGCGUUCUUCAAUAAUCGGUAAUGACAUUCAUGAGAAUGAAACGACUCAGAUAUGUUCAGCAUGUUCAACACGUCAUCCACUCUUAGCCUGCAAUGAAAUGAAUCCUCAUCAACAUCAUUGCACUCAACAACUAAUGAACAAAUCAAAAUCUUCAAAAAAGUGGAAAAAUAAUCGUUGUCACAGUAGUUGUACAAAGAAUAAAACAGGCUCACGGGAAAUUUCCACUCUAAGAGAAGGUAAGGAUGGUUCAACAACAACAACAGCAACAACAACCAAGCUAUCAGAGAGUCUUAGUCCCCUCGUAGAACCUCUACCGAGAGAAGUAUUUUUUAAUCGUCUUCUACUAACACGACUGUCUGUUAUGAAGUAUAUGGAUCGAUUAUUCGAAGUAAUUUUCAGCAGUGUAUACCAAUCCCAAAGUUUACCUGCACCCAUCAAAUUUCUCUUCGAUUUUUUAGAUGAUCGAGCGAUCAAAUUAGGUGUACAAGAUUCAAGAAUUGUUCACGCUUGGAAAUCUAAUUGCAUACAAAUGCGUUUUUGGAAUCAAAUUAUUACAAAUUUGGAUUACAUUUUUGAUAUUUCUUUACUGCGUAACACAGCCCUGGAACGUUCAUUUCAUGCCUUUAGUCAUGCUAUGACAUAUGCUUGUACACCUAUUAAAGAAAAAGUAACAAAAGAUUCAUCUUGUAUAAAGUUACUUUUUGCACCAGAUAUCUCUCAACAAUGGGACAGAGUGCAUAGUUACUAUCGUGAAGUUAAAGCCUUGCCUGCCGUUGAACAAGAAGAAAUGAAUGAUCUUAUGCGACAACAUUCCAUUAACCACUCAUCAGAUUUUAAUGUCUCUUGGGCAGUCUAUGAGCUUUAUACAAAGUAUGUUCGUAAUCUUCAUGAUAUGCUGGUAGCGCAUUUACAACAAGAUGCUAUCAAUCGAUCCUUCAACAGUUAUAGGACACCUGAACAAAAUAUGCCAAAUAAUUGUAAUCCACUUGAAAAGGGUGGUGGUGGUGGUAUACCUGCAAUCACGGAAUGGAAUCCUGUUCAGAUUAUUCAGAUACUUAUCGAAAUUAGACAGUGUCUAGAUAAUGUACAAAAUAUUCAGAGUUCAACAGGUCAAACUGCUCAUGCUAAUGUGACUUCAUUUCCACCGAACUCAACAAAAGGUGACGUCGUUAACGAAUCCAGUGUGUCUAAAACGGCUGCUUUCCGCCCACAUACUACAGAAGCUGGAAAUUUCUCUCAGCCGUCUUCUGCACCAAGUCAAACAGCUACUACUGACUGUCUAGAUACACUUCGUUCGUAUAAUACACUGACCACGGAAUUUGCUGGAGAUGAAACAAGUCGCUCGGCUCAUCAUUACUAUUAUCAUCAUCACUAUUAUCAUUAUCAUCCUAGUGAUACUACACAAAUGAAUACAACAGUCAACAAGCCAACUGACUUGUCAGUACAGUCAGCAGCAGCCAUCAGUACAAGUGGUAUAUAUGCAGACAGUGUAUCUAAAUACAAAGAUCCGUUGGCAUAA